AGUAAGGGUUCUAGAUGGAUGCUGGGAUAUUGAUAGCUAGACACAAUGGGAGCGCAAUGGGCCUGACGAUCCUCAUUUUUGACUACAUAGGGUUAGGCCUAACCAUCGGCCUUCUUCUCUUCUCACUUGUUUAUGCAAUUGAGAAAAAAAGGCUCAAACCUGAGCUCUUCAAUUGGAUUUUGAUUUCCAACAUUGGUCUGAUUCUGAUCGCUACAACAUUUUAUCUAAGCGUGAAAGUAACCCUAUUUUACGAGUGGAACACGGAAAAAUAUGUUUCCCAGACUUUCUAUUCUGUCUAUGGCGCAUUCCUUCACAUCAUUUGGAUUGCGAUCCUUCUCAGCUUCCUUUUGUACACUAUCAUGGCUUUCCUGGAUCGUUUCUCUACGACGCUCAGAUGUUCCAACACUGGAUGGAUCACAUAUUUCCUGAUCUUGACAAUUUUUCCUGUAACCAAUAUGGUUGCAGUCAUUUUGUCUUCGGAUGAUGGAGUUUCCGCUUAUAUUAGAUUACUCCAGCCUAAUACCAUGACAAGGGCACAUUUGGAAGAAAAUCACAAUUAUGCUUUUGCAUUGAUUUUGACCGGCGUCAUUGGUCUGACAGUUCUUAUUGUGUUAUUUACCAUUGGGCUCAGCGUGAAUGUUUGGUGCUUCUCGCAGCGUAUUAUAAUGAACAAUGAUUACAAUCGAAUGGCGUUCACCUUCAAAUGGAUUUACCUCAAUUUGCCUCUGACAAUUGGGAACGGGUUCUUCUUUCGAGAAAGCCAAACAGCAAAGAAUCCAACAAAUGCAGGGUUCGCUUUCUUUCCCAUUUUGUGCUUGGUUCAGGCGAUGGUCAUGACGUUUUUACUUGUCCUUGACAGAGGAAACAUUUUUCAAGAUCUUUUACGCAAACGGGUUCAGGCUCGAAUAAACCGGAUGACUGUUUCUGAUUACGGCCCACCGUGCACAACAGUGGACGAACUGGAUGGAGUGGGAAUACGGAAUCAUAGAAGCAAACAAGAGGUCGUGGAUCUGAAGGUUACGAGGGCAAUGAGCUCGUCCAAUUUGUCUGCAAGUGGACUCACCCGCAAUAAUUUCGUAGGGGCUAUUUAUCAGAACCAAGACGAGUUCCAGUCAAAACCAAACACGAAAAAGAGACUCUUCGUUAAGAGUGCGCCCAUGAAAACAUAUGGUCGUUCCAAUGAGUUUAAAGUGGAAAAUGUCUCCAAAACCAGACCAAAUGUGGCCAAUGCUAAGCUAAUGGACGAUCCAGUAACUCCACCACCAAAACCAGCCAGAUUAAAAGGGGCGAUGUCCUCGGAAGAUCAUGCUGACGUUACAAACCAAUCCAAAGAAAAACUGUUAUCCACGCCCAAAGCUCCCGAAAUUCAAGCCAAAGAUGUUUCAAGUCUUCAAUCCAGAAUUAAACCAGACCUACACGAAGUUCCGUAUUUGGAACCAAUUGCACCACUCGAGAUCGAAAACCCAAACGUCAGGGAUUUUAAUGACGCUAUUUCUCAACUAAGAAAAUCCAACGAUGAAAUUAUCGCAGACUUGAACAAAAAGCAGGCUCUUCGGGUUCAAUCGCUUUUUGACAGCAUUACUUCACCAGCGACGUCACUCAAUCAAACCGAAUGGAAACGCCGUCAAGAGGAUUUGAGCAAAAUUGGUGUGAAAGAAGAGAUGCCAAAGCAUGAGCAAUCAGAUCCAAAGGAGGGCCAGGCAGUAAAUUUCAUGGCUGAUCAUGACGAGACUGAAACAAUCAAAGAAGUCGUCGAAGUGUCGAACGACACUGAGACGGAGAACGCCAUAGUUGAAGCAAUGGCGUUGGAGGAGGAGAGGCAGAGGAUCAAGCAAUUGAAAAGGAGGAACAAGGCCAAAAGAAGGAAAAGAAGAACGGAAAAGAAGACACGGCAAAAGCAGCAGGAAACUAGUGGUCAAUCCAAUGAGAUCUUAGGCUACGACAACGGGAUCAUUUAUUUGGAUCGCGAUCGCACUCAAGACGAAAUGGUUACUGAGAUUUAGUAUAUGCGCCCUUUCAAUGGCCAGUUGUUACCCGUCAAUUUCCAAAUAAACUGGUUUUCCAGACUGUC